AUGGAAGGUGAACUUCCGCCGAGCGACUGCCACCGUCAUUUCUUCCUUGGAAGCCAUGACAUGUGUCCGUUCGGGAAAUUCAAGCUUCGACUCGGCAUUCACCGGAAGGUUCAUGACGGAUGGAGAGAGAAAAAAAAGGCGUUGGAACCUCUGCCUCCAACCCCCGUUUCCACUCCCAUCUCGACCCCCGUCGAUCCCCGUUUAUCCCUCACCGUGAGGCAAAAAAUGUCCAUCAUGAAGUCGUGGGAAGGCAUCUCUCGGGACAUGACACCCUUCGGGAUCUCCAUGCUAAGAAAACUCUUCGUAGACCACUGCGAACUCUUGAACCAGUACGAGAAAUUCCAAGGAUUGGAAGCCCAAGACGAGCAGGCGGAGAGGAUGGAACUGGCGGACCACGCCAGGAACGCCAUCGCCACUCUGGACAACGGGAUCAAGUCCUUAGACGAUCUGGACGUGUUCUUCCAGUACCUUCAUGCGGUCGGGGAGACUCACGCACGGAUACCGGGAUUCGAGAAGGAAAACUUCCUGAAAAUCAAAGGACCGUUCCUGCGUGCGGUGCGAGAGACGCUGCAGGAGCGAUACACCCCGAACAUAGAAGCCAUCUACAGAGUCACCAUCGAUUUCCUCAUCGAGACUCUCGUCGAUGGAUACGAGAAUGGUCUCAAACGUCAACAGGGCGAUUUCAAUUCUACCGUUGAUUGAGAGGGACCUACGAGUGUAACUUCUAAAUGGGACAGACGAACAAAACGACAGAUUGGAUACGGC